AAGACAAGUUAAUCCAAACAGACAUGACGGCAGUAGCAACCGCAUCCUGUCACCUCCUCCCCGUUCUCCGUUCACAACCGCCGUUACCGUUACCGUCGUCUUCUUCCUCUUUCAUUUCAUUUCUCAAACCUUUCUUUCUCCCUUCUUCCAAUAUUACCCUUCGACGACUUCACUAUAAUGCACCUCUACCCAAAACCCUUCCCCACUCUUUCUUAUCCACACCCUCCUUUUCUUCCCGCUCUUUUUCCUACACCCCCUUCUCCGCCGUAAUUGGAGAUUCAUCUCCGAACUCCACAGAAGACGCAUCGGAAGAGGAAGAAGAAGAAGAAGGAGAAUAUGAUGAAAGAGAGAAUGUUGAAGAUACAGAAGUGGUGGAUUCGACUUCGUCGCCGUUGGUGGGAAAGAGGGAAGAUAGAUUGAAAUUGAAAGUGCCGAGUUUGAGUGUGAAGGAAAGGAAAGAACUUGCGUCUUAUGCACAUAGUUUGGGGAAAAAGCUUAAUACACAGUUGGUGGGUAAAUUUGGUGUUACUCCCAAUCUUGUUACUGCUUUCACUGAUAACCUUGAAGCUAAUGAACUUCUCAAGAUUAAAAUACAUGGGAGUUGUCCAGGUGAGUUAGAUGAUGUUAUGAAGCAGUUGGAAGAAGCAACUGGCUCAGUGAUCGUCGAUCGGAUUGGUCGAACCCUUAUUUUAUACAGGCCUAGUCUCUCCAAAUUGAAGGUAGAAGAAAAGAGGAAAGAAGUUCAGAAACUUUUUCUCAAAAAACAACGUAACCGAAGAGUAACAAUAGACAGGAGUAAGACACAAGCACCCAGAUCAUCAAAGCGAGGUUCAUCAUGGAAAGCGAGAAGCAGGAGCUCAUAAACAAGUUAUGAUUUUUUCUAGCUUUGAGAUUGAGAUUAAAUCAGUAGAUUUUAUAGCCAUGAAUGGAUUGCAGUUUGUUAGUAGAUUUUACAUAGUGCUUGUUUGGAUAUGUGGCGCCAAACAUUUUCCCGCACCCCAACUACUUGUGACUGAAUGUUGCUUAAGAGAAUGUUGCUUCCAGUCGAUAAAUCUUGGUUGGUAAACUGCAUUUGCUCACAAAAAUGAUAAACAAUUAUUGACUCGCAUGCUACAAUUAAGCUCACACAAAAGAAAAAAAAAUCAGUGACCCAUACAUUUGAAGUGAUGCCCGCUCUCUUGCAAUUUGCAUAUUUUUACUAGCUUUAUACAUUACUAUUUGUACUGUUUUUUUUUUUUUUAAAAUUUACGUGUAUGUUUUUUCUUCUAAGUAAAAAGUGUUGGCAGAUCGGUAUUUUA